CGAAUACUCCCAUCAAAGAAGAAUUCAAGAUGAUGGCGAUUUUGCCAGCUACCUGGGACAUGUAUGACAUGCUGCAGGCUGUCAUACAGGCCCCGACCUAUCACCUGAUAUUUGAGGCGUUAUUGAUCAUCCUGAUUGUCAAACUGGUCUUCUCAAAGGCCUAUGCCCCUGACAAGACAAUUCUCACAGAGAAGGAGAAGAAUGAGUUGAUAGAAGAAUGGAAGCCGGAGCCACUGGUUCCUGACACACCAGAUGACCAUCCUCUACUGCAGGCCAUGGAAAACAACAUCAUCACAGGGCGACCCGACAAAGUGAUGACAAUUAAUGGAAAAUCUGUGAUCAACAUGGCAUCCCUGAACUUCCUGGGACUGCUUGGGGAUGAGACAAUUGAGGCUGCAGCUCUCAAAGCCCUUGGUAUAUAUGGAGUAGGCUCCUGUGGUCCACGGGGAUUUUAUGGGACCAUGGAUGUUCACCUCGAAUUGGAGGAACGGCUAGCUAAGUUUAUGGGGGCGGAGGAGGCCAUCUUGUAUUCGUAUGGGUUUGCAACCAUAGCCAGCGCUAUCCCUGCAUACUCCAAAAGGGGAGACGUCAUCUUUGUGGAUGAGGGAGUGUGUUUUGCCAUCCAAAAGGGCCUUGUAGCUUCUCGCAGUGUCAUCAAAUACUUCAAACACAACGACAUGGCAGACCUGGAGAGAUUGUGCCUUGAACAACAGAAGGAAGAUAAAAGGCUACCAAAGAAAGCGAAGGUGACUCGACGGUUCUUGGUUGUGGAAGGCCUAUAUGCCAAACAUGGCGAUAUCUGUCCACUACCCGAACUUAUUGCACUUAAGUGGAAAUACAAGCUCCGUAUCUUCGUGGAGGAGAGCUUCUCAUUUGGUGUUCUAGGAGAGAAUGGCCGUGGUGUUACCGAACACUUUGGUAUCAGUCAAGACGAGGUGGACCUGAUAGCAAUGUGCCUUGAAAAUGCAGUUGGUGGGGCCGGGGGCUUCUGCUGCGGCAAGAAAUACAUUGUCGACCAUCAGAGAUUAUCUGGGUUGGGUUACUGUUUCUCAGCGUCUUUGCCCCCCAUGUUGGCCUCCGGGGCGAUACAGGCCCUCAACAUCAUCGAGAGUAAACCAGAAAUGUUUUCCCAUCUUAAACACAACUGUGAGAGAAUACAUGCAGCAUUGUCCAAGAUAGAAGGUAUGCGUGUCAUGGGCGACCCGAUUGCCCCCAUCAAGCAUUUCAGCCUGGCCGAGCCGAGUGAUGAUAGAUCCAUUGAGAAUAGAACCAUAGAGAAAAUCGCCAAGGAGGCUAUGGAUCGAGGUCUGGCACUCACCCCGGCCCGAUAUUUGGAGCGUGAAGAACACAUACUACCACCACCCAGUAUUCGAGUGGCAGUGAACAUCAAGUUGACGGAUGAUGAGAUUGACAAGUGUAUGACCAUCAUUUCCCAAUCCUGUCAUGCGGUUCUUGGCAAGAGUUCAUGACGAAAUAAGGUACAAGAUAUUGAGGACUCAACAGUAAAACUUUAGCCAUGGAAAAGGGCAACAUAUGCAUGGCAGAAGAAAACUCUCCCAGAGAAUAUGGCUUCUCACAUUAAGUCUAGAUAACAAGUGUUCUAUUAUAGUAUGCAACCUAUUAAAUUAUAUCAAAUGCAAACAAUCUGUACUGUGUUUUCAAUUAUUGUUAUAUGACUUUAUUUAAUAUAUCAUUUGUCAAAAUACUGUCUUGAACAAACUAUAUUGUCAUUAAUUAUUGAUUGUAUCAUUAUUAGAAUUGUAGAAUUUAUUUAAGGAAUGAAUUGUGUUAUACUGUGUGCAUAUCCCCAAUAAUUACAUCAAUCAAGCAAUUCAUUACUUAUAUUUACACCAUUAAUUUAUCAUAUCUUUCAAGACUUGUUAAAAAAGACUUGAUUUCAUUUAUGAAAACCGAACAGUAAUUCUUUCUCACCCAUUCAGUAAAUAGAAUGACCGACUGUAACUGGAAAAAAUUUAAACACUUCAUACUUGAUAUGUUAGAAAACUUAAAAUUGAAAGGCUAAAGUCAACAAUACAUUUCACAAAUCAUAAAUUGACAUUUCAACGUGUUUUGUAGCCUGCUGACACAAUACUAAUAAUAACAUGAUAAACUUUUUUUAAUCUAUAAUGCGAGAUGAUUUGCAAUCCAAAAAUAUCUGAAGAUGUUCAUCAGAAACUAUUUCCAAUUGCCGAAAGGUUGUUCAUUUAAGGAAUGAAAGUUAUGGUGUGAAUAUUAUGUUUUGGUUCUUAUUGUAUUAAUUAGAUCGCAUUGAACUCGGGAUAUUUUAAAAAUUAUUUAUGUGUUGUUACGUUGAUACAGUGAACAUUGGAUACAAUGAACAAUUAUAUUGGCAAGCCCACUUGAUCAAGAUGCUGAAUUUAGUGUAAACUUUUGGUAUUAUUUGCUCCCAUGGUUUCAUUUCAUCUACACUGUGGUAUGUUACCAUGGCAAAGUUGUUGAUCUCAUGUGUUUGUGAACAAUUACAAAAAGAGUACUGUAAAGUUUCUGUAGUAUAGUAUAUGUAUUUCAAUAUUUUAUAUGCAUUUCUGUGCAAGAUUAGUCAGUCCAUUUCCUUGUUCAGCAAGAAUUGCAAUUGCAAGAAUGACAAAAAUAAAAAGGAUAUAUUAAUUUUGGACACUAGAGCCAUAUUCCAUUAUUUUUCAGAGUUCAUUCUGUGGAAGCAGUCUGUGAUAAACAAUGUCUAACUGUGUCUUAUUUAUCUUCUCUUGGCAUUUUAUUACAUUUUGGUUGUCAGCUUUUGCAAAAUUGAUGUUGUAAGUAAAGACUGUGUUAUAAAUUUUAAUUUGUUAACUAAAUGUAAUUGAAAACUCUACACAAUAGCAUGUACAAUGGUAGAUGAAAUGAAUAUUACUGAUUGUUAUGCCCCAAACAAAAAUGGGUUUGCUUAAAAAAAAAACUAGAAAAAUAAAUCAUGCCUUAUUUCACAGAUGUUAUAGUCCUUAUUUCUAUAUAGGGCAUUCAGGGAGCAUACUUCUGUCCAAGUGAUACUCUUGAUAUAUCGAGAAUUUGGUGUGUUGGGGGUAUUAAUCAUUUUCAGUGAUAGCUCUAGUUUUGUCAGUCAGACAAGGUGUAUAAAGAAAUGGAAGUACUUUUGGGAAACAAACGUAAUCCCCUGGUUUUGACCUGUUUUUAUUGUAUUUGCAUAGUGUUAUGUUUUGUAUAUUGAAAUGCAAUGUUUUAUCAGUACUGAAAAUUAUAUUUUGAAAUAUUUUCUCAAAUUUGCGCUAGAGAUCACCUGUACUCAUUUAUCUAUUUUCAAAAUAAUAGUAUAAAACUACCGGUAGUAUAUUUCUGUUAGUGGAACAAUAAAAUUGCUAUUUCAAAUUCAACUGCUUUUAUCAAAAGUAAUUUGACAGUUGUUAGUUGUAUCAAGUGAACUGGCGUCAGAAAGUUAGGUCUAGGUAAAUUCCAAUUCUUUCAAAUAUAUCAUUUGCCAGACAUUAAAGUUAAUGUAGAUAAAGCUUAUCAUCGAAGUUCCAUAACUCUUACUUUAGUCGACCAUGGAUUUUGGCUUUUUUAACUAUGACACUAACACAUUAAAAUGAAUUUCUGGGAGUUGUUUCAAUCUUUGUCAAAUGUAGUCGCAAAUUAAAAUAUUGUUUUGCUAUUUUGUUACAUAACAGUUACAUAAAUGAGUAUAUUGGACUUAAGCUACGGUAGUACAUGUGUUAAAAAUAAACACAAAUUUGAGGGGGGGAAAUCAAUGUUUUGUCAUUUGAGACGAGUAUACAUAUUUAAGAUUAUUGAAGGUACGACUAAAAUCUUUUAUUGAAACAGGGUCCUGGUACAAAUAUGGUUUUCUUUUUUAAAACGGACUGAUAAGCCUUGUGAAAGUAUCACCAGACCAUGCUAUCUGCAACAAUGUGUUUGUAGAAGCUACAGGUGAUCCUUAGCAAAUGAAGAACAAGAUGAUGUAUGCAUGUGAAGCAUGUUUGUGUAUCCACAUGUUUUAUUUAUUUAUGAGAGUGUAUUCAAACGGUUUGUGGAUGUUACUAAUUGUGUGUGUUUUUUAUUCUUUUUCUACUGAAUGAAUGUAUGAAUUAUUUCAUGAUAAUAAAAAAUAAAAGUAAACAAGU